AUGUCCACAAGCAUGCACACGCAAUAUAACUAUAAUAGACGUAACUCGUCUGCUACACCGUACACAAUUCCGAUAAAACACCAGCACCAGUCAUCGGGGUCAGGACAGACCCAAGGACAGUCUAUCCCCAAUAGUGGCCACCAGGUCCAUACGGGAGGGCCUGUCUCGUCGUCAGUUCCGUCAUUAUCGCGUGAAUUUGUUGUCAGAAGAAUCAGUGAAGGUGAAACAGGUCGAUUGAAAGAAGAGUUGAAGUGUGAAGCGUGCGGAAAAGGUUAUAAACAUAUAUCAUCAUUAGCAAAGCAUUUAUGGGAGCAUACUCCAGAAUGGAACGUGACAAAAAAGUUGUUGAUUUCGAAGCACCAGCAAGUUCAGUUGUUGGAGGCAGCAAGCAUUUUAGUGGGGAUGAACGAAAGCCAGACUCCGUCCAGAAGAAACUCAGUUUUCCCUGAUGACAACCAGGCUGACGAUCCAAAGUACCCGUCGCCGUUUUCUCCGAGCAAUUCAGCCGAUACAAACGUCACGUCUAACACGUCUACUCCUCCAAUGCACCCCGACUCGAACAAGCCUGGACACGGUAGCACUGUUAGGUUCAACUUUCCUCAACCGCAAUUCAAAAACUCUUUUGACUUAAACAGCAACGAAUACUAUGAUGGCCCCGGUAACAACAACUUUAAUAGAUCACACUCCAUUUCGCAUUACCCUCCAAUCAGUGAACAGCAAACCAUCAAGUCCCCAUCGUUGGCAGGCGGAUAUUUGGAUACGCACAAUGAAACGUCUAGCACCCCUAGUUCAAGGAUCAACGGUCGCUCCAACUCGAUUAUCCCCCCGGUGGGAAAGGACGAUUUGAGAUCCCCAACGUUAGCUGCUAAAAAUAAAAACGCCAGUACCUUAACGCCUUCUCCAGCGCUUCAUUUAAAUAAUAAUGACGACCUCGACGACCUCGACAAACAGAGUAACGAGUCAUAUGAAGAAGAAAGUGUUAUUGGCAAAAUGGAAUAA